AUGUCAUCUGAAGAAUCAGGAGAAGUAGGAGUUCCAAAGAACGGUAACCAAGAUGAUGAUUCAGGGAGUACACGUGUGUCGGUAUCUGAUAGACUUGCGAAGCUUCAACGAUUGAAACGUAAAAAACAAGAAAGUGAAAAACUUAAUAAGCAAGAACUUUUCCAGGACUACAAACAACAGAAACUAAAAUCGAUUGAAUAUAAGAAAAUAGAGCAGAAGAAGCUUAAUGCAGAACUCGAACAGGAGAAACUCGACAGCAUAGAAAAAGGUGAAGAUUUCGAGAGAAAACAAAAUUGGGACUGGACUAUCGAAGAUUGUGAAAAGUGGGAGAAAAAAACCAAACAAAAGGGAAGGAACCAGAAGUCUGGGUUUCAGAACUUUAAUAAAAUGGCCGAACAAGCUUAUAACAAGGAGCUUCUGAACCUAAAAGUGGAUAAAGAGACAUACGACCAACAAAAGAAUGCGAUAAACAAAAAUAAGAGUGGUAACCAACUGCAAAUGUCGAAAAUACUACCAGUCUCCAGUAAACCGAGUGCUGCGGAUACCAACCGGUUGGUUCGUAAUAUCGAAGAAGCGAACAAUCGUAGAAUGAAACGUAGACGGAACAAAGACGACGAAAAUGAUGUGAACAGCUACAUCAACGACAAGAACAAACAGUUCAACCUUAAAUUGAACAGACAAUAUGAUGAAUCAUAG